AUGGCAGCUACGGUGACCCGUAAUGAUUUUAAACACUUCUGGGAUACAUAUUCACAUAACGCAGACAAUACUGCGAUGAUGCUGAACCAAAAUGCAGAAGAACUAGAAGAACUUGACCGGGUGGACAUUUUGUCAUGCCUUCCAGACCUGAAAGGGAAAGAUGUAGUUGACAUCGGUGCCGGCAUUGGUCGUUUCACAGCGAUGUUUGCUCAAACGGCACGGCAUGUUCUCUCAACAGAUUUUAUUGAAAACUUCGUCAAAAAAAAUCAAGAACUGAACGAACGGCACAAUAAUAUAGACUACCUAGUCGGAGAUGCAGUCAAUCUUAAACUUCAACCGGAAAGCGUUGAUCUUGUGUUCACCAACUGGCUGAUGAUGUAUCUGACAGACGAAGAGGUAAUCCACUUCCUAACUAACGCGCUGCGGUGGCUGAAGCCGAAUGGUUACAUACAUUUACGAGAGUCUUGUAGCGAACCAUCUACAGCACGUACGACUGGAACUAUGCAUCGGAAAAACUCAGAAAAUCCCACAAGUUAUCGCUUUUCUUCGUUAUACAUCAAGCUGUUUCGAAGCAUCAUAACAGAGGGUAGUGAUGGUGCCACUUAUCGUUAUAAAGUGCUGUGGUCAACUUCUGUCCCCACGUAUAUUAUGCGUCAAAAUAAUUGGCGUCAAGUCCACUGGUUGCUAAAAAAGGAAAGAUUUGAAGGAGGUAGCGGAAGCUUACCUUUUGAUCGGUUUUUGGACCAGUUUAGUAAUGUGUGGAAGAAUGAGCAAAUACGUUGGGAUUCUAUACUGAAUGGUGAAGAGUGUUGCUGGACAGAUGAAAUCUUUGAAAAAGCUCUUUCUAUCGAGCCGUCACACCGUAAUGCGACGACUUUUUUGUACACUCCACGAGCUUUAGCUUAUCACGUUCACAUCAAUGCUCACCUUCUUUCCAAAAAAUUUUCCUGUAAUGUGUGGGAUGUUGAAACCAACGAGUUCUACUAUCGCACUAGUUUAACAAAAGCAAACAAAAUGCGUGAUCAUCGAGUUAGAUUUGGUUGGAAUUCGGACCUUGAUUCAGCAUUGAAUUUUUGGAUGGAAAAAAAUGCAACCUUUGACUUAUUUAUGGCAACUGAACUAUUAUCAACAGUUGAACCGGAAACUAUUUCUAAGAUCCAGGUAGCCGCAGUGUAA